AUGGUCAGCACCGCUUUCUUCGGCGAGAGGAGCUUCGACGGAGGCGCCCUCACAUCAUACCUUGCCGAUCUGUCCGUCCGCCACCGAUUGACGAAGACUGACGAAUACCGUGAAGAGCCUAAGGGCGAAGCAACGACCUUCACACUUGAUCGAUACUCAUCAGAGGUCUUUCAAGGGAUCCUUCCGGACACUGGCGCGGCCAACUUCUCCACGGCAGGCCAGUUACCGCUCUUCAACGACUUCACAGAGGAGUGA